GCGGAGCUUUUAUUUAAUUACGUAUCUAUAUCUGUAUACGUUUUUCUUUUUUCAAUGCGCGCCAACAUAAUCACCCUCCCGAGUAUAAUCAUUAGGGCUGGUCGUAAAUGAUAAAUUCAGUCGCGCACGCGUGCCGUUGUAAAAGUCGAGGGAAAAACAGGUGAUACAUAAAUGUCAAAAAUCUUGGUUCGUCUCUCUUUCGCUUUGCCCUUAUUACGAAUGCGGUGCUUCGAAAUAUUUCCACCUUGUGCGUGUGUGAAUGUGAUAUGCGCAUGUUAUGCUACUGCUGCUGCUGCUGCGAGGCUUCUGUCGAAUAAAAACCGAUCAUGAUAUAAUAACGAAAAGAAAGAAGAAGAAGAAGAAGAAGAGGGAAAAAAACCAGUUUGGACACAACGCACACCGUUGAAGAAGAAUGACGUAUCGGAGUCGAUGUCAUGUGCCGAGGCAAAGGUGACAUCAGUUAUAAAAACGUUGACAUAAGAGAGCGAGAGACGUGUUCCUCGUCGCCGACGUGCUCGUGGACAGUCGCAGCGACGACCGACUGCCUCUCACGCCGUUAAGAGGCAGCUCGGCGCAGAGCUUUACGGCAGAGAAUAAAAAGCAGCAGCAGCAGCAGCAACGGCGGCAGACAUCGAGAGCUGCGUUUAGUAUAGCAGAAGACGACGACGAGGCGAGAAGAAUUAAAAGAAGAAGGCAACUUAUUUAUAGCAACGAGGCAAAGCGAUUUUCGUUUUGCUCUCUCUCUCUCUCUCUUGCUCCCUCGUUCGCUCGUCGCUCGCCUGCUGCUACCUCCGUUACUGUAUGUUUGUGUAUGUGUAUGUCAGUCUAUAUAUACGAGAGAUAUUCUCUGCUGCGUUAACCGCCGCCGCAACCGUCGCUGCCGCCCCGCUACACAGUCAGAGAGAGUAGCCGCCGCCGCAGCCGUCAUACGCUCUCUGUCUCCCUCUAGCUCGUUCUCUCCCUCGCGCGUGUGUGUGUAUGUGUCUCUGUGUGUGCUUUUACCGCUGUGCUCUCGCUCUCUCUCUCUCUAGGCUCGCCAGAAUCGACGACGCAGUCUCGUUCACAUAUAGCACAGAGACGAGAGAAGAGGAGAGAGCCCCCGCGAAGAGAGCCAGCUCUGCUCUAGCUAGCUAGCUCUGUGUAUACGUGCAGCUGCCGUGUGUGUCUCAACGUCGCGACCGACCGACCGACCGACCGAGUGAGAGUGCGCGCGUGCGACUGUGCUUGCAAGCUCGUGCAGGAUUAGCAGACGACAAACGACAUCGGUGUGCUGCCGUGUGCUGUGUGCGCGCCCGAGGCCGUUGUGCGAGAGAGAGAGCGGAGAUAUUCCCGGCUGAAAUAAUAAAAAAAAAAAAAUUACACGUAUAGUGGUGCUUCGAUUACUAACUUGUGCUUCGAUUUUUUUUUUUCUGGUGACAGCAGAAUCUGGUGCAAAAAAAAAAGUAUUCGACGCCCGUCCCCCCCACAUCGUUCCCGUUUCUCAACAACGACUGCGUGACGACGACAGCAGCAGCAACAACAACAGCAACUGAAAAAAAGUGCGUCGUCAAGUUUUAUUGACAAGUGCCGUCGUCUCUCUCGGGGGUUGUAUUAUCAGAUACACGCAGUGGUGCGAGAGCAAUAUACUACGCAUGGUAUAAAAGCUCGAGACGACGAUAACGAAAAAAAAAAAAAAAAAAAUUAAGUAAAGUGCGAGACGACAAAAAAAAUCGACGAUGGAACCUCCGAUCGUGCCCGCGCAGAGGCUCGAUAGUGCGAGUCUCAUGUGACGACGACUGGAUCGUUUUCCAUCAUCAUCGACAGCAACAGCAGCAACAACAACAUUAUCAACAGCUCUAUUCGCGCCAGUAGUCGCAGCAGCAACAACCGUUCUACCUCGUUGCUGCAAGCUCGCUUACGGCUGCGGGCAGACGAAGCAGAAGAAGCAUCAUCAUCAUCGUCAUCAUCACCAUCACCAGCUGCAGCAGCACAAGAAAAGCAGCAGCAACAGCAGCAGCCAUCGCAAGCGUCGGAGGAGGCGCCGCAGGUGGAGGAGGCGGAAAAGCAUCGUCUCGUCUUUGUCAUUCGCAUCGAUCGAGCAUCAUCAUCGUCGUCCUCUCGAUCUAACGGGAAAAAAGUCCGUAGAAGCUGGAGCAGAAGCAGAAGAACGAAGAAGCAGCAGCAGCGGCGGUGGUGGUGGUAGCCUACCAGUGGUUGUGGAUCCGCUGCUGCAAGAGCUGCAGCGGUGGUCCGAGCUGCAAGAGGCCGCGACGAGGGCUGCGGCUGCAGUGAACGGGCUGCACGUCGACGUCGGCGGCCUAACGCGAUCACCGAUAAUAACGGGCGGCGACCGCCGCGGCCGGACGUGCACCGCAUCGCAGACAGCCGCUACUACUACUACAGCAGAACAGCAGCAGCAGCAGCGCGACGACGGAGGCGGCGCCAGUAAUAACAACAACAGCAGCAGCAGUAACAGUAACAGUAAAGCCGGCACGUCGUGCACCGCAAGCGGCAGCUUCUGCUGGCGUAAUAAUAAUUUGGAAAAUCAGCAGAAGCCGAGCUGCCGUCGAAGAGAAGCAGCAGCAGCAGCAGCAGCAGUCGAGGCAGCAGCAGAAGAAGAAGAAAAGGCGCCGGCGGUGGCAGCAGUGUCGUCACUACCACUACUACUACGACUUAGUCAGCAGCAGCAGCAGCAGCGACGAGAGUCGGCAGCCGCCGCGCUUGGGAGAGCCGACAAGCAGCAGCAGCCGCAGUCGCCGCUGUGCCCAUUAUACAGACGGCAGAGACAGUCGCAGCAGCAGCAGCAGCAGCAGCAACUCGUUGUUGUUGUUGUUCGUGGACACGAUCGACGACAACGACAACGACUACUACUACUGCAGCAGCAGCAGCGGCAGCCGUGGUCGUCCACGACAAUCGAAGCAACAGCAACAGCAGUAGCAGCGACGUGCCAACGACGCAGCCUGCAGCGCGCUAGACGUUGCUGUCGUCGUCGUCGUCUUCGUUCAUCCUCGUCGAAGGAGACACCACUACCGCUACUACUACCGCUACUACUGCUCGAGGCGAACGGCAGCAGCAGCAGCGACCUGCAUCCGUCGCGGGUGCAGCAGCCCGCUACGAUACUGCAGCAACGUCGUCGUCGACAUCAUGCUGCACGCGCUGCCUCGCGCAAAGGUGCUACUACUACAACUUCGUCGUGUCCACUGCUGCGGUCGUUUGAUGCCCAACGAGCCAACGACGCUGCCCCAAGGACAGUGAACAAUAACGAGUGCCACUCGUGACGCAUGAUUGCUCCUGCCUCCCAGUGCUGGUGGUGUUGUUCUCGUGGUUCUCGUUCUUCUUGUUGUUCUUGUUUCUUGUUUUUGUGCGAAUUGUAAUUGUUAUAACGACACAACGACGAGACUGGCGAGUGUGAGAGAGAGAGAAAAAUUCGACAGCAACAGCAACAACAAAAAUUAUAAAAUAAUAAUUGUGCAAAAGUGUGUGUUUAUUGUUUGUCAGUGAGUUAACGAGAGGCAACAAGAAAAUAUAAGCCUCUCUGGUGCCCGUGCGUGAAGAUAUAUUAAAAAUAUAUAUAAUAAUAAAAUAGUGCGACGAGAGAGUUCGAGGAGGAGAAGCCACGAGUUUUAAAAGAAGAAGAAGAAAAAAAGUUUAUAUAGUGCGUUGGCCUCGCGUCGAGAGGCACAAAUAAUCUAUAUAGAUUACACGUAUAUAUAAAAAAAAAAUAAUAAAAUAAAUAAAUAAACCAUGGCGACCAUCGACGGAAGACCGGCCCAGUACGGGCUCACCCUCAAGCAGCUCCGCGAGCUCAUGGAGAUCAGGGGCCGCGAGGGUGUCAACAAGGUCAACAGCUACGGCGGCGUGCAAGAGAUAUGCAAAAAGCUCUACACCUCGCCCAGCGAAGGUCUCAGUGGGUCUGCGACAGACAUGCAACACAGGAGAGACACCUUCGGUUCAAAUUCUAUUCCUCCAAAACCACCAAAGACCUUUCUGCAGUUAGUUUGGGAAGCGCUGCAAGAUGUAACGUUAAUUAUCCUAGAGAUCGCUGCCCUUGUAUCUCUUGGUCUCAGCUUCUAUCAUCCUGCAGAUGAAGAAGAGGAUUCUAUUGGUACUUUAGAAGAUGACGAAACAAAAUAUGGCUGGAUCGAAGGUCUGGCCAUUCUGAUCUCAGUUAUUGUUGUCGUCAUAGUUACUGCCUUCAAUGAUUAUUCAAAAGAAAGGCAAUUCCGUGGCCUGCAAAGUAGGAUAGAGGGAGAACACAAAUUCUCUGUCAUACGACAGGGUGAAGUGAAACAGAUCUCUGUCUCUGACAUCGUAGUUGGUGACAUAUGUCAAGUCAAAUACGGUGAUUUACUGCCAGCCGAUGGUAUUCUUAUUCAAAGCAAUGAUCUCAAAGUAGAUGAAUCUAGUUUAACUGGAGAAUCUGAUCAUGUUAAGAAAGGUGAAUCAUUUGAUCCCAUGGUACUUUCAGGAACUCAUGUCAUGGAGGGUUCUGGCAAGAUGUUGGUCACUGCUGUGGGUGUUAACUCACAGGCAGGUAUCAUUUUCACUCUUUUGGGUGCAGCUGUUGACCAACAAGAGCAAGAGAUCAAGAAAAUGAAAAAAGAGGCUAAAAAGCAGCGGAAGAAGAAGUCGCUAUCAGACGACGACGGCGGCGACAUCGGCAACAGUCACGCCCUGAGCAAGCAGCACUCGGUGGACGGCGGCGAGAACCACGCCGCGGCCAAGCAGAGCGACGACAGCGGCAAGAAGGAGAAGAGCGUGCUCCAGGCCAAGCUCACCAAGCUCGCGAUACAGAUCGGUUACGCCGGCUCGACAAUUGCCGUGCUCACCGUCUUCAUACUCGUCACCCAGUUCUGCGUGAAGACCUUCUACAUCGACCAGCUGACGUGGAAGCCGAGCUACGCCAGCGACCUGGUCAGGCAUCUCAUCAUCGGUGUGACGGUGCUGGUCGUGGCGGUGCCCGAGGGCCUGCCGCUGGCCGUCACACUCUCGCUAGCUUACUCCGUCAAGAAAAUGAUGAAGGACAACAAUCUUGUGCGCCAUCUGGACGCGUGCGAGACGAUGGGUAACGCCACUGCCAUCUGCUCGGACAAGACGGGCACCCUGACGACCAAUCGCAUGACCGUGGUGCAGUCGUAUCUCUGCGAGAAGCUCUGCAAGACAAUACCCAACUUCAGCGACAUACCCGCGCACGUGGGCCAGCUGCUCGUCCAGGCGAUAUCCAUCAAUUCGGCCUACACGUCGCGCAUCAUGCCCUCGCAGGACCCGACCGAGCUCGCGAUGCAGGUCGGCAACAAAACCGAAUGUGCCUUACUCGGCUUCGUCGUGGCUCUCGGCAAGAGCUACCAGACAGUGCGCGACGACCAGCCCGAGGAGACCUUCACGCGCGUCUACACCUUCAACAGCGAGCGCAAGAGCAUGUCCACCGUCGUGCCGAGGCCCGGCGGCGGCUAUCGGCUCUUCACCAAGGGCGCCUCUGAAAUCAUCAUGAAGAAAUGUGCCUUUAUAUACGGUCGCGACGGGAACUUGGAGAAAUUCACGCGUGACAUGCAGGACCGCCUCGUGCACAGCGUGAUCGAGCCGAUGGCCCGCGACGGCCUGCGCACAAUUUCCAUCGCCUAUCGCGACUUCGUGCCCGGCAAGGCCGAGAUCAAUCAGGUGCACAUCGACAGCGAUCCCAACUGGGAGGACGAGGCGAACAUCGUGGCGAAUCUCACCUGUCUGGGCAUCGUCGGCAUCGAGGACCCGGUCAGGCCCGAGGUGCCCGAGGCCAUCAGACAGUGCCAGAAGGCCGGUAUCACCGUGCGCAUGGUCACCGGUGACAACGUCAAUACUGCCAGGUCAAUCGCUUUGAAAUGCGGUAUUCUGAGGCCCACCGACGACUUCUUGGUCCUCGAGGGUCAGGAGUUCAACAAGAGGAUAAGGGACGCGAAGGGCGACGUGCAGCAGCACCUCCUCGACAAGGUCUGGCCGAAGCUGCGCGUGCUGGCGCGAUCCUCGCCGACGGACAAGUACAUCCUCGUCAAGGGCAUCAUCGACAGCAAGGCGUCGGCGAAUCGCGAGGUCGUCGCCGUGACGGGCGACGGCACGAACGACGGCCCGGCCCUGAAGAAGGCCGACGUCGGCUUCGCCAUGGGUAUCGCCGGUACCGACGUCGCCAAGGAGGCGUCGGACAUCAUUCUCACGGACGACAAUUUCUCGUCGAUCGUCAAGGCCGUCAUGUGGGGCAGGAACGUGUACGACAGCAUCGCCAAGUUCCUGCAGUUCCAGCUGACCGUGAACGUAGUCGCGGUCAUCGUCGCGUUCAUCGGCGCCUGUGCCGUGCAAGACUCGCCGCUCAAAGCUGUACAAAUGUUGUGGGUCAAUCUCAUUAUGGACACGUUAGCCUCGCUGGCCCUGGCCACGGAAAUGCCUACGCCGGAUCUGCUUCUCAGAAAGCCAUACGGCAGGACGAAACCCCUCAUCUCCAGGACGAUGAUGAAAAAUAUACUCGGUCAAGCGGUUUACCAGUUAACCGUUAUUUUUGCGCUUCUCUUCGUUGGAGAUAAAAUGCUGGACAUUCCUUCUGGCCGAGGAGUAGCAGCAGCCGGUGGCGGGCCCACGCAGCACUUCACGAUUAUCUUCAAUACUUUUGUGAUGAUGACGCUGUUCAACGAAUUCAAUGCCAGAAAGAUUCAUGGCCAGCGAAACGUCUUCCAAGGAAUAUUUACCAAUCCUAUCUUUUAUUCGAUUUGGAUUGGAACUGCUUUGUCGCAGGUUGUCAUUAUCCAAUAUGGUAAAAUGGCGUUUAGCACAAAAGCUUUAACCUUAGAGCAGUGGCUUUGGUGUCUAUUCUUUGGAUUCGGCACAUUGCUGUGGGGUCAAUUAGUAACGACGAUUCCUACUCGCAAGAUUCCCAAGAUCUUUUCAUGGGGUCGAGGCCAGCCAGAUGAUAUUGGCGCAAUCAAUUUGGGAGAUGAGAAAUACGAUCCGGACACGGAUAAAAAGCCUCGAGCUGGACAAAUUCUCUGGAUACGUGGUCUGACACGACUGCAGACUCAGCUUCGGGUAAUCCGAGCGUUCAGAUCGACAUUGGAAGACCUAGAGGAGCGUCGCUCCGUCCAUAGUUUGCACAGCUUGCGCAGCUCGCGUAGCCACACCGGGCCCAAGCCCUUAUCAGACUUCAUGUAUAUCGAUGCGGACGCACAGGGGGCCAAUAAGCAGGAGCGCCUACGACAGCAGCAACAGCAUCAGCAUCAGCAUCAGCAGCAUCAGCAGCAGCAGACGGCAACGACGACGGCGAACAACGCCGAUAUCGACGGCGCGAAGGGCGCGUCCUCGCCGCUGUUGCUUUACGUGCCGGGCACCGUUAAUCAUAAUCAUCGGCAUCAGAACAACGGGCGGCAGGCGCAGUCGCCGCCCCAGCAAGAGGACGCGACUAACAAUUCGCUAAGAUCGAGCGCUAACAAUCUUGUAAUCCCGGAACUGCCUAAAUUCGUCCACGAGACUUGUAUCUAAAAAUUAUUGAGGACGAUUAUAACUCAAAACGUCUCGUCUCGUUUUUUUUCUAAAGUAGACACACGUUAACGUAUCUCGACAUACAUUUUUUUCCCGUAGUUUAUCUCGUGAAAAAAAAAACUUACUCACUGUUUGUCUUUCAAAUGGUUAAUGAAAAACUAAAUCAAAUCCUUGCGUAUAUAUACGUUAUAUGUAUAAUAUCUCUUUCUCUGCUACCUGUUUCUGUAUCAUCUCUUUCCAAAAACCAACGACAGACAGAAUCAAUUCAUUACCAAAAAAAAAAGUAAUAAGAAACACUCCAGGUUAGUCUUGGUUUCUUAGACGCAACCCUCUCCACGUCAUUUUACAUUUAUAAUUAAGCUGUGUAUCUAGUGCCUCUACGAAUACAUAUAUACAUAACAUACAGACAAAUCAUUAUAUUUAUAAAUGUAUAUCUAUCUCUACUCACGUAGACGUAUACUGAAUGAAACGAAACUAUAUCUCUCAUAAUCUUGCUACUCUGGUCAUCUCUUGUACAAUGUAUAUAUUUAUACCUGUUGAUUAUACCGUUUAAACGAUUGCCGAAAUAACGAAAUCUCGUCAUCUGUAAUUUUGUUGAAUGGUCAUAGUUAUUGUUAUAGUACUCGACUGAUUACAACUCGCAUCAUUGUGUUUCGGCGGUUGGAUUUUAAGAAUUAGCUAUAUGAAACUAUCAUGAAUGCAGAGUAGUACUGUGCUUGUACUUUUAGUGUAUUUGAAUCUCUCUCUCUCUCUCUUUCUCACCCUCUCUCUCUCUUUCUCUCUUUCUCUCUUAUUUAUCUCUCUCUCUUCUCAUGUCCCUUUUGUCGGACAGCAAACAUCCACACAAACACACGAACGAUUGUACACGUUAACGUUACCAACACGUACUUGUCGAAAAUCGUCAUCGACGUUCAUCUAUUGCAUGAUGUUUGGGUACUUCAUCCGUUCAUCGUUUAUACCAUACGUUUGAUAACUGCGGAGGAAAUAAUUUCCAGUUCUGUGCGAAAUUGUGUAAAAGAGCCAAAAUGACAACCACCCCUGUACCGAGACGUCCUUGAACUUUUUUAACGACACGAUCCUUCCCACGUACCGAUCGAAUUUCCUCGCCCUCCUCAGUGUCCACGUACACGUGCCACAAAUUUUGCGUGAAUCGUCUUGGCAUUUUUGCUCAGUUUUGUGGCGCCACUGCGAAAUUAUCCGUGGUUUUAUUUCCAACUAGUUAUUCUCGUAUACAGUUGAAUACUUUUUAUGUUUAUUUAUAGUAGAAAAUUGAAUUGAACAUUCUGACAAUCGGCUCGAUACAAUCGGACCUUGAAUUAUUUUACGUACACGUUCGUUACUUAUAAUAUCUGUAUAAAGGCAUUAUUAUUAAUUAUAAAUUGACCUAAGAACAAGUAGCUCCGGUUAAUCCUCUGCUGUGCUUUCGUAUGAUUAACGAAAUACGCAAAAAAAUAUGAAAAACAAAAUCAAUCAAAUAAGACUUACUAUUUUCGUGCCUCUAUAUAUUUAUAUAUACUUACACAAUUAUAUAAAAAGUAAAACACUUUUAGCAUCUUUUUCCGAUCAGUUAACAAAUAUAAAUGCGUUGAAAUGUUUCUCUCAACGACUAAUAAUUAUUACUAGACUGCAUAUGAUUAAACUAAUUUUAUUACAAGAAUAAAAAAUAUAUAAAAAUAUAUAAUCAUCGAUAUAAUCAUCGAGAAUGACGAUAACAUUAAAAAUACUCUUUAUGUAUAAACGCGUAUCUAAAUAUAAUCGGCAUUGUGACAUUAGACUUGAAAAAUUAACCGCUUGUUGGACUAAAUUCAACUCUUUGUCGGCAAUGUCGUGGCAAAAACGUAAAAGCAAUCUAUCUAACAUUUAAGGAAAGCAGUACGGUGUACUUAACUGAUCCGUAUUUUUUGUCUCGCUAACUUCACUUAAUGAUAUAUUCGAAUUAUUUAGGUGGAACGCUCUCGAGAAUAAGUCGGACGACAAUUGAGGAUAUUGUUUUUGUCCUUUGCUUUUUUAUCCAUGUUUUCUUUUUCAUUAUUUGUGUCAUUUACUUGAAGUGUUUUUUUGUAUCAUUUUAAUCAGUUGUAUCCAUAUAAUGUAAUCAUUGAUUUAUGUUUGACCCUAUUUGUAUUAUCUCGCUUAUCUUGCUCUAUUGCUUGUUAUUAUAUAAUAAAAAAUCGUAUGUUAAGUAUAUUUUUACUAUUAUAUAGAUGUAAUUUUGGUUAAUUUUUAACAACUCCAUAAAAGUGAAUCUAAGAGAGUUAUUUGAUAGUUUAAGGUUUUGCUUUAAUGAAUGGGCAAUUAAUAUAUAGGUUAUGAAAAUAUGACAGAUUUUAAUGAUAAAAUUAUA